AUUUUGAAAGACCCGAGAAGAAGGAAGUGGUGGCGGCGGCAUUGGUGGUGGAACGUCUAUUGUUAUUUCCUUGGCCAUUCCGUUUUUACUUCGCUGGAGCUUCUGCUCCGGAAUUUGCUCAAACUCUAGAGGUGGUGGUGUUGACGGCGAAGGAGGAGGGAGAGGGGAAGGUUUUUAAUCUGAUAAUUCCAGCUGCAAGUUUGUCUGGCAAUGAAACUGAUUUGCUUGCGCUCCUGGAUUUCAAGAAUCAGAUUUCUGAUGAUCCAAAUGGAAUCCUGAAAAACAACAGAUAUUUUGGUGAAAUUCCCAAAGAAGUUGGUCGCCUGUUUCAGCUAACAUAUCUCAAUCUCACAAAUAAUUCACUCGGAGGAGAAAUACCGGUCACUCUCAGCAACUGCUCACGGCUGAAGACGAUAGAUAUUUUAAGGAACAGACUAGUGGGCAAUAUUCCAUUUGAACUUGGCUCCCUGAAGAAGCUUAAGAGCCUUUUCCUUGGUAGAAACAAUUUGACUGGAGAAAUUCCAAAAUCAAUUGGGAACCUUACGUCCCUGACUCAAAUCUAUUUGUCAUACAACAAUUUGGAGGGACAUUUACCAGAGGAGUUGGGGCAAUUAACAAGCUUAUAUUCGAUAGGCAUCGAUGUAAAUUUCCUUUCAGGUACCAUCCCUGCCUCUCUUUACAAUGUCUCUUCUGUUGCUGGCAUUUCACUUUCAUCAAAUUCACUUGAGGGGCAGAUUCCGGACAACAUGGGGCUUACACUACCAAACAUUCAGGAGUUCUUGAUUGGUGGAAACCAAUUCAAGGGGACUAUUCCAGUUUCCCUUGCCAAUGCUUCUCUGCUUGCCAAACUUGACCUUGUUAGCAACAAAUUCAGAGGACAAGUACCAACUAACCUUGGAAAGCUACCAAAUCUUUAUUGGCUAAAUUUUGCUGGUAAUUUUCUAGGCAGCAAUUCUACUGGGGACAUGGAUUUCAUUGCAUCUUUAUCCAACUGCAGUAACCUACAAUCUCUUUUAUUUAGUCAAAAUAAUUUUGGAGGCACUUUGCCUGAUUCCAUUGGAAAUCUCUCUAAUACUCUCCAGCAAAUAGAUCUUGCAUUGAAUCAAAUUUCAGGGGAAAUUCCAACAGGGCUUGGAAAUCUGGCUAACUUAUACUUGUUAGGCAUGGAUCACAACCUCUUUUCAGGUUCUGUACCAAGUUUUUUUGGUAAGUUUCGGAUGUUGCAGAAGUUGUUCCUAAAUAACAAUCAGCUCUCGAGCCAGAUACCGCCUUCCCUUUUCAACAUGACCUCUCUGUAUGGUCUGUAUUUAUCUGAAAACAGAUUGGAAGGCAAUCUGCCAUCACUUAUAGGUAAUUCUCAAUCCUUACGAGAAAUGAUCCUUUCAAAGAAUAACCUGAAUGGCAGCAUACCUUUAGAGACAUUCAGUUUCUUGUCCUCAUUAACAUUACUCAACUUGACACACAACCUUUUUUCGGGAUCUCUUCCUUCUGAAAUUGGGAAAUUAACGAAUAUCUAUUUUUUGGACAUUUCCUAUAACCAAUUUUCUGGAGAAAUCCCAGAAACAAUAGCCGACUGUACAAGCCUAGAGUACAUUUACAUGCAAGGUAAUUCUUUCCAAGGAGAAAUCCCACAAAGUCUGGCUUCUGUAAAAGGCAUUCGAGUUUUGGAUCUUGCACAAAACAACUUAACGGGGCAAAUACCUAAAGAUCUAGAUAUGCUUCCCUUUGUCCAACUGAUGAACUUGUCUUUUAAUGCCCUUGAAGGUGAGGUACCGACGGUAGGAUUUUUUUCCAAUGCAAGCUCAUUAUCAUUGAUAGGAAACAGUAAACUUUGUGGUGGCAUACCUGAACUGAAGCUGCCAUUAUGCCCUGAAGAAAUAAAGAAGAGGAGAAAGCCUCUUGCACCAGGAUUUAUUGUCUUGAUUGUUGUCUUCAGCUUGAUUGUUGUAGCAUCAGCCACUUUUUGCCUAAUAUAUGUCAGAAGAAAAAGAAGAACAUCCUUCAUUGAAACAGAUAACUUUUCAGGGAUCUCUUAUCAUGAGCUUCAUCAAGCAACAAAAGGAUUUUCAACUGCAAACUUGAUAGGUUCCGGAAGCUUUGGAUCUGUAUAUAAAGGAAAACUACCAUUACAGGGAGAAAGGUCAGUUGCAGUUAAAGUCCUUGACCUGCAGAAGAAUGGAGCUUGCAAGAGCUUUUUGGCUGAGUGCAUAGCAUUAAGAAACAUUAGACACCGAAAUCUGGUUAAAGUCUUAACUUGCUGCUCCGGUUAUGAUUUUAAUAGAAGGGAAUUCAAAGCUCUAGUCUACGAGUUCAUGUCAAAAGGGGACUUGGAUGUGUGGCUACAUAAGAGCUCAGAUGAGAUGAAUAAUUCCAACAGGGCUUUGAGUUUGCUUCAGAGGUUAAAUAUUGCAAUUGAUGUAGCUUUUGCUCUGGAUUAUCUUCACAACCAAUGUGAAACUCCAGUUGUUCACUGUGACCUGAAGCCAUGUAAUGUCCUUCUUGAUGAUGAUUUAACUGCUCAUGUGGGAGAUUUUGGAUUGGCAAGACUUCUGUAUGAAAACACAAGCAAUCCUUCUCAACAGCCAACUAGUUCCAUUGGCAUCAAGGGAUCACUAGGCUAUGCAGCUCCAGCAUUUCUUCCCCCAAAAGAAAAGAAUAUUGAAAAGCUUCAACUUCUAUUUAAUUACCAAGAGAAAAAUUAG